ACUGCCAUGCAUUCUAUGCUCUGGUUCACGUCAUAAUCAAUAAUUCCUGUGUCGAUAACAGUCCCAGUAGCUGAAAUGAAGUCAAUGUCUUUAUUUGUAGUAGGAAUAUUCCACUUUCCUAAUGGUUUUUCUUUUUUCCAGAGAGUUGUGGUUGUGGAAGACAUAAAACGAUGGAAAUGUAUGCUUGAGCUUCCAGGGCAACCGAAAGAGAAUCUGAUUGAAGCUUUGGAGGAGCUGAAAAAGAAAAUACCUUCCAAGGAAGUGUUACUUUCAACAAAAAUAGGUCACACAGUGAAUAAGAUGCGCAAACAUUCAGAUCACGAUGUGGCCAGCCUUGCAAAGGAUGUUUACACAGAGUGGCGAACUUUCAUCAAAGACCAUUCAAACAAACCCUCAAUAGAAGUCAGGAGUGAUCCCAAGACUGAGGUUUUCAGAAAGAACGCGCGGAAGAUGCUUUGCAAAGCCUUGGAUCUAGAGAUUGAUCACCCACUGGCUGAAAAUAUUGAGCGGGAAGCUUUUCAUCUCUCUUCCCGUCUCAUUAGUGCACCGUAUCGCAGAACGGUGCGAGCUCUUGUCUUCUCAUUAAAGCACAAACCCGAAAUCCGAGCAGAAGUCAAGACUGGCACACUCACUGUCCCUGCUUUUGUACAGAGACAUAAGAAGUGAGGUGGGGUGUGCUUGAUGCCGAGUGAGAACUUUAUGUGCCCACAUCUCUGCAGAACUGGGAACCCUUUCUGUCUUAAGAGGAGCACAGAAGUGCAGACAGUGCAGCUCACUUGGCACCACCAUAUGAACAGGACCACUGAAGACAGGAACCAGUGAUGAUGCAAGUGGUGCUAUAAAUCUGACCUGGUAGAAAUCUAUGUGGACUUCUUGCAAGACAAGUUUCUUCUACUAUGCCAUAUAUUUUCCUGCUACAGAGCCACCUUUGCUACUCACAUGUCUCUCACUUUUACCACAGUUUGUCAUACCUCAGUCUGGCUCCAUCCCUGAUGUGGAUCUUCAAGUGUAAACAGAAAGCAGCAGCUCUGUGCUGUGGUGGCAGAAAUACUGGGAAUUCAAAGUGAUUAGUCCAAAUGAGGCGAUCACCAGUGGAUAACUGCAUACUCUUAAUUAGCGCUAAAUCAGCCAUGUCUGCUGCAGCUGGGUUCUGAAUGUGGCAAGAGGUGGCUGUUUAGCCAAGCCAGCUGAUUUCCCUUUGCUGCAUCCUUCCCUUUGCUCCGCUUUCCAAAGUUGGACAGCAACUGGGUUUCAGUAACUUGCUAUCUAUCAUUUCAUAGCCUCAGUGACCUAACAAUUGUGGGCAUUUUUUGAAGCUCUGGGGUGAAAAUCAAAAUGCCCUGGGACAUAGGUGCUAUCUAAUACUUCUUUGCUGUUUAACGAAUGGCUCGCUCAAACUUCUAUACCUCAUUCAUGAUUUAAUUGUGGUGCUUGUUUGUACUGCAACAUGAAAAAAAACUUGAAAUGAAAUUUCUAAAUACAAUGAACUGGUAAGGAAAAUGCUCCUUGUAAUAGCUUUUUUCCUCCAAAAGGAACAAAUGCUUCAGAAUGAUUGUGUCCAUACAAAUUUAAGCAACAGAAAAACAGAACCAGAAACAAACUAGUUAUUAAACACUGGAAAUCUGGCCUUUCAUUUUUACUCUGAUAAGUAGAGUGCCGCAAGUCAUCUUGUUCUCCCUAUACUCCCCAUUAUUAAGGCUCUGACAGGCACAGUCUUUCUCUACUGGCAGUCAAUAACGGUACUAUCUGUUUGCAGAUCAUUGUCUGAGAUCAACCUAUCAGGGUAGAGAGAGCCAGAUACUGGGAUGCGUGAAACUUGCCUAUUAGCAGUUGUGGGAAUCAAAGUCUAGUAUACCACCAAGAAGAGCCUUUUGAUAAGUUGUGGACAGCACUUUUACCUCAAAAGAAUCACUUGAGGACAAAUAAUGCAGUGGGACACCUAUGAAUUAGUCUUUAUUCAGAUCUUCAUCCUAAAACAGUGGCGGCAUGUGGUUAUGUGGAUCUGCUAAAUACCUUUUGUCAGUACACUAAAAGCUAAAGAAACACCCUAAAUUUGUCUGAGGUAUUGAACUCUUAACUGUCAUUAGAUAUUUGCAGGUUCUCUUAAGAACAUGCAAACGUGGUGUGUUUGCAGUUAAUUCCAGACUGCUUGGGCCGCUGCAAGACCGUUGUUACUGUACACGCAGUGAGGGUAUCUUCAGACAGCUGACUUCUCUGAAAACAAUGACAUGCUGGCUGAGCCUGGACAUACAGACGUUUCACUUGUAGACAGUUAAAGAUAGCUGUGCUGGAAGCAGUGUGGGAUUGAGGCAGACACUGACAGAUCCGUGAGUGAUGACUGUACAGAUAAUACGUCAAUGAGGACUUUAUAACUGGGCUUUAGCAAAGUUUGUGAAAACUCACAAUUUAUUUCUUACUAAUAAUCAGAUCCAUUUCCCACUUAAAUAGCAUCUAACUGCACAGCCAUGACUUAAUUCAUGUGUCCUUGGACUGUCAUGAAAGGGGUUCAAGAUCAAUGAGCAUUUUAGGCUUUGCCUCCAGAACUGUGAUGCCAAGACCUGCGGUAUUUAUUUUCAGCUUUCUGUUCCUGGUGCUAGGCUGAGUUUUCUGUUCUGGGGUAACAUAUGCGAAAAGCAACAAUCCUGAAAAUAAGGAACUUCUGGUCCUGGUGAAAGCCAAGCCAGAGAAACUUCCCACACGGAUCAGACACGUUAGGAGAACUUUGCCCUGCCUGAACACAUGCUAGCAUGGCUGAUUUAUGCUGUGCUGCGCAUUGGUUUGCAAGACUGAGCGAGACCACGAUCUAGCGGAGGGACUAACGACUCCCCAAAAUUGCUUGAGAUGCACAGUGCAGGUAACAACACUUGAGACAGCACGAUUGCUGUCUAAAAGUGAACUGCUCUGGAGAAAUGGCAGUUCUCCCCUGAGAACAGCUACUCGGUGAGAUCCACUUUUGUUUGUUACAGUUUAGCUCUGGGAACCCAGAUAGGGAAGGUGGUGUGGAUUCUUUUUUUUUUUUUCCUGAUCUUUUAUUAGUAAACAAUCUGGUGGAAGUGAUGCCAUUCAUGACACAGCACUGUACAAUUUAAAAGCAAGAGCUACGUAGCUACAAACAAGGCCCUAAUAAGGCCCAGAGUCCCGCUGUGGUGUUUGUGAUAUGUGGAGGAAUGGGACGAGCGUGGGGAAUUCCAGCCUCGUGCUCAGGGUGUAUUUUAAAAAAACAAAAAAUGACCACAUCUCAGCAUUUGCCCGUUACUUUUCUAAGUGGCGCAAGCCAAAAGAGAUAGCAGACGUUAUCAGCAGGCAUGUCUGAGAACCAUUUGCUGUAACUGUCCAACCUGCCCAAACGUUACCUGGGAUUAGUGUGAGCCAGGUAUUGCUUUCCUGGACCUGCAGUCAGUGCGGAACAACAUCUUGGAGCUACUUGUGAGCUCUUCUGCUCCACACAAGCUGCAAUCUCAGUCUUUCCCAUGCCGUCAGACUUUGUUCUGGGUUAUAAGCAAAGCUCUACCAUGCCCAUCUUUUUUAGGUGACUUUUUCCAUGUCCUGUCCUGGACUCCGACACCGUUCUUUGAGCAAACUUCAGGGAAGAGAUUGUUUUUGUUUAUUUGAUCUAUUUUGCAUGCCUUCAGCUCUCUAAGGCACACAUUGCAGAGCAGGUGUUUUGGCUUCCUUCUCAAUGUGUGCUAAAUAUUUUUCUUUUGGGAAUUAACUUCAGGGAAGCAGGGUUACUGCACAUCUGGAGAAAACUCUAACUUUUAUAACUUCCCUCUUUUUAAUCCCUAAUAUUUUUUGCACAACUUGUUUUCAAAGGGACUUUAAGUGUAUAGUUCUGGGUCCAGCUCUUGCAACUUGAUGAUAAAGCUGGCGGUAACAUUUGGGAUGAAGAUUCGCAGACUGAGCUUUGCAUAAAACUGACUGUCGGGGGAAAAUGGAAAAGAUCCCUGAGGCUUGGACUUGAGAACGGAAGCACAGGGGGAAAUGCAGAGAAAAGAGCAGAGCUGGGAACACAAGGGAGUGGUAUAAGGAGAAAAACAGAAAGGAAGGUGGGAAAGGAAGACAAAAGCAAAGAGAAGAAAUAGCAAUAGGACAAAAUAGUGCUUAGUUUUCCCAUAGAGUGAUGCUAAACGUGACACUGGAAUACUCCAGUGUUUGAUUACUCAAUGAAGACCAGAGUUCCCCUCUUCACCAAGCCUCCCUGUUGAUAACAUGUUCAAGGGUGGCCAGGGGACCUGCACAACUGCAUUUAUUUGAGCCUCAGGUUAUCGUCCGAAUGAGUUUGUUACACCUCAAUGAAAAGCCAAGCGUGGCUAAGUAUUCUUCGUUGCCUCUCUUGCCAAAUGCAACCAGGUAGGGGAGAUAGGAGCCUUGCGGCUUGUGGUUAAACCAAUGGCCAACGCAUAGUUUUGAAAUUCUGCUUGGUGCUAGCUGGCCCGCGCAGCAGGCUAGCUGGCCUUGAAACCCCUUCAAAUACAGUCUGCAUUCAGGUUUCUCUGGGGGCUUAGGUCAGUUAUGGCUCAACCAUUCACAAAUGCAGCCUCUCUGGAGAGGGCUUUGUGCUGGGCCAGGAUGGGCUCGGAAGCACAGGUACCUGAGCUCUUGUCUUCACACUGGGGAAACCAUUAUACAUUAAAAAGAAGGGUGAAAAUCUGGGCAGUGGCCCCCUUGGUGCUACAUUUCUCCAGCCUGGUGCCUUUGAAAUAGCUGGUUCCUUUUUUACAGAGGAGACGUUCAAUCAAGGAGGCACGCAAUCUGGAGGAAAGGUUCUUCUUUUUUCCUUUUCUUUUCAUAUAAGCCCAGCCCAGGCAAAAGAGUUCAUAAAGCAUAUAAAGUCUCACUGCACCAAGCAAAAAAGGAUAGGAAGCAACUUCUGGGGGUAAGUGAGAGUCUUCUGUUUGCUGCUGCCUGUACUGGGAACCCUGCUGGAAAGUGGGGGAUAAAAGGGGGGGAUCUGAGGAGCGCUUGGAGAGAGAGAGAGAGAGAGAGGAGAAGUCACUCCUGCAAAUUCAUCCCUGCCAAAGCCGGCUUUUGACCCUAGCUUCUGAAAGGCAAAUCUGCUGGUUUUGGAAGGCAUCAUUUUUUUCCUUUCCCCAUCAGCAAGCACAGCUAAGAGGAGCUUUAUCUUGCUGCAAAUUACGUGGGUGAGAGAGUAAGGGAGUAGACAAGACCCUUUCCCCAUCCUUCGUAAAGGAGAGCGCACAGCAUCUCAACAUGUUUCAUUUUUUAAGAGGCUCUUCAAAGCUUUCUCCACAAAGAACCCAAACUUUUAGAUCUCAUUUGCUUUCCUGGCAGCCCUGUAAUAUGAAAGGUUUGCUGGAUCGGCCCUGGACCGAGAGGAGUUAAAACAAGGAGCCAUCGCAGACAUCUUGUACGUUCCCCUGGAGCCCUGAUCAUUCGAAUGAGGUUUCUGGACAUGCCCAGGACACAACCAUCCUGGCUCCUGGCGGGAGGGCACCUUUCCUCCCAAGGUAUAUUCACACAUGACAGCUCAGAAGAGCGCCGGAGCAUAGGAUGCAGCAGGAACUGGAGGUUGGAGCAGAGGAGGAACUGAGGAAGGAAGAAAAGAAGGGAUAAAGGGAGGGAAAGAUGUUAGGGAGUUCCCCAACCCGGCUGACCACAGCCACACAAAUGCUUGCUCCUCCAUGCAGCACAGAGUAAGUAUUGAAUUUGGCUUGCUAGUAUUACCUGAGUGUGAAUGAACCCUCUCUCAUGGGAGCAACUGUGCUGCAGAGGGUAAAGCAAUGGCUGGAGGGCUUUCGUUUUGGCCAUGCCUGUUUAAAUACCUAACUUUUGCAUAGCUGCAGGUAUUGCGGGGUAAAACCCCCUGUUCAGGUGGAUAAAACAGCCUCAGUCUCAUUUUACAGGAGGGGAAACGGAGGUGCAAAGGUGAUUUGAUAUGCCUAAGGAUGCAAAAAAGGGAAGCCCAUGGCAGGAUUAGGCUGCAAUUACUGAUGCUCUGAUUCCUGCGCUGGCAGUCCGCUGAGCAACAUUUAUGGUCUCUGUCAAUUAGACUAGAUUAUGGAGAAUCCUUGCUAAUUCUAUAUUAUUAUAUACAAAGUGGUUAUCUCCCUAUAAAGGGUGCCCCUAUAUACGUGGCAGAUGUUCUUCCCCGAGCACGGCCAACUCAAAUGGCAAAACCCAUUUCUCCUGCGGCCAAUAUUUUGCCUAAGCGGAAAUGUUCACAGUCCAAACACCGCAGGCUUGUCCUAGGCUGAGGGAGGCAGAGCCAGGGGCGAGGGAAGGCACCAGCAAGUUCGACCCCUCCGUCCCCCCCCAACGCACCAGGUUGCAGGGCCUGAAACAUCUGAAGGACAGGCUGGGCGACGGCUGGCGGCUGUAGACCCUGCUGCAGAAAGCCCUGCAGACCCCCGGGAGACGCCUGGACGAGGUUGUUGGUAGCACGGCUCCUGGGGUGGCGCGUGCCGAGGGGGUUAAUCCCAGCAGAGCGGCUUGGUCGGGCUCAGCCACGGGAUUUGGCAGGCGCUGGGCAUUUAUUUCAUUUACCAACCUGUCCCCCAAGGUCAGAGCUCUCCCGUCCUUUGAACCUACCUGCUUUCUGCCUCUAGAAGACUGAGCUGCAGCAUGGGGAGAAGGCUUCAGUUUUCUCCUCAGUAAAUAUAACCUAGCACUGUGACACCAGCGAGACGGACCAAGGAACGACAGAGCCCUACACUGGCUCAGCGGCAUCUCAGCGUCCCACUGUGAGCACUGUGUCCGUUCAUGGAAACCGACCCCAGAGCCAAUGCUGCCGUGACCCACACUUAGCGCCGGCAGCCCAGCACGUGAUGACCUUGCUCAUACCCAAAUCAUCCCCUUCUCCUGGUGGAGAAGAAGCAAGAGGCAUUACUGGCCCCAUGCACGCGCUUCCACUACAGAGGCGCUGCAAGAAGCUCCAAAUCCAGCCACAAAGUCCUGCAGCUGCGAGACCA